UAUUGCAGUAGGCUGGAAGAGUCUCGCGGACGUAAAAAAAAAAAAAAAGUACCGACUGAUCGCCCUAAACUUGGAUUCCAAACUUUCUCCUAACACAAAUACCUCGAAGAAAUGGAGCUGGGAUUAUGGAAUUAAGGCUCGGAGCGCGUGCGAUGGAGAUUUUAUUGCUGCAACUGCUGCUUUGUUGUAGUCUGACUGUGAUUCGGGGUUCUCCCUUGCUGCUCUUUGCAAACCGGCGAGAUGUCCGACUGGUGGAUGCAGAGGCAGGCCGGUCGGAGUCUGCCGUGGUCGUCAGUGAUCUGGAGGACGCUGCAGCGGUUGACUUCCUUUUCUCAGAGGGACUGAUAUUUUGGACUGACGUCAGUGAAGAGGCCAUUAAACAGACCCACUACAACCUCUCUUCUAUCUCUAUUAAGGAUGCCACACUGGGCAAAGGGCAGACAGUGGUGGUAUCAGGUCUGGAUUCCCCUGAUGGCUUAGCCUGCGAUUGGCUCGGGCGCAAACUCUACUGGACUGACUCUGAAACGAACCGCAUUGAAGUGGCCAACCUGGACGGUACCUCUCGCAAAGUGCUCUUCUGGCAAGAUCUUGACCAACCCAGGGCAAUUGCACUCAACCCUGCCCAUAGGUACAUGUAUUGGACAGACUGGGGGGAGGAGCCAAGAAUAGAAAGGGCAGGCAUGGAUGGCAGCAGUCGGCAAAUCAUUGUGCAGAAGCAAAUCUAUUGGCCGAAUGGAUUGACCAUCGAUCUCGAGGAGCAGAAACUCUAUUGGGCGGACGCCAAACUCAGCUUCAUCCACAGAGCCAACUUGGACGGGACUGCUCGGGAGGCCGUUGUGGAGGGAUCGCUCACCCAUCCAUUCGCCCUCACUCUUUACGACCAAACGCUCUACUGGACCGACUGGCAGACCCGCUCCAUUCACGCCUGCAACAAACACACCGGAGAGAAGCGAAGAGAAAUUCUUGGCGGCAUUUACUCCCCGAUGGACAUCCAGGUGCUGGGCCAAGAGAGGCAGCCCAACAUUCAAACCCCAUGCAGUGAAGGAAACGGAGGCUGUUCCCACCUGUGUCUUCUCUCCCCCGUACCACCCUUCUACAGCUGUGCCUGUCCGACUGGAGUUAAACUCAAAGAGGACGGAAAGACCUGCAGGCCAGGGGCGGAACAGGUUCUUUUACUUGCUCGUCGCACUGACCUCCGCCGGAUCUCUCUGGACUUGCCUGACUUCACGGAUAUCGUCCUACAAGUCAGUGACAUCCGCCAUGCAAUCGCCAUCGACUACGACCCGGUGGAAGACUACGUUUACUGGACAGACGAUGAGGUCAGGUCCAUCCGCCGUGCCCGUAUCGAUGGCAGUGAUUCCCAGACGCUAGUCACCAAUGAAAUCAAACAUCCUGAUGGAAUUGCCGUGGAUUGGGUGGCACGCAACCUCUACUGGACAGACACAGGCACCGACCGCAUCGAGGUCACAAGACUAAAUGGUACUUCUCGACGUGUCCUCAUAUCAGAGAACCUGGAUGAACCGAGAGCUAUCGUGUUGGAUCCUGUUAAUGGGUACAUGUACUGGACAGACUGGGGGGAGAUGCCCAAAAUUGAACGAGCAAACCUGGAUGGCACAGACCGCGUUGUUCUGUUGAACACCUCCCUUGGCUGGCCCAACGGCUUAGCCAUUGACUACAUUGCAGGAAAGCUUUACUGGGGUGAUGCCAAAACGGAUAAAAUUGAGGUAAUACAUGUAGAUGGCACUAAUAGGAUGACCAUUCUAGAGGACAAACUGCCUCAUAUCUUUGGCUUUACGCUGCUGGGAGAAUAUAUCUACUGGACAGACUGGCAGAGGAGGAGCAUAGAAAGAGUUCACAUCACCAACGCCACCCGUGAGGUCAUCGUCGAGCAGCUUCCUGACCUCAUGGGUCUCAAAGCCACGAAAGUCACAGAAACUUCUGGCACCAAUGGCUGUGCAGAAAACAAUGGCGGCUGCAGUCAUCUGUGUUUCCAUCGACCUCAAGGUCUGAGCUGCGCCUGCCCAAUGGGCCUAGAGCUUCUGAGUGAUUUAAGGACGUGUGUGGUGCCAGAGGCCUUCCUGCUCUUCACCAACCGCGCUGACAUCCGCAGCAUCUCGCUGGGCACCAACAGCAACGAUGUGCCCAUUCCGCUCACUGGGGUCAAGGAGGCCUCUGCACUUGACUUUGACGUUUUAGAGAACAGAAUCUACUGGACUGAUGUCAGCACUAAGACUAUAAGCAGAGCCUUCAUGAAUGGCAGUUUUGUUGAACCAGUGAUUGAGUUUGGUUUGGACUAUCCUGAGGGCAUGGCCGUGGACUGGAUGGGUCGAAACCUCUACUGGGCCGACACUGGCACCAACCGCAUUGAGGUGGCUCGCCUGGAUGGCCAGUACCGACAAGUGCUGGUGUGCAAAGAUCUGGACAACCCACGCUCUCUUGCUCUGGACCCAGCUAAUGGGUACAUGUACUGGACUGAAUGGGGAGGUCGUCCCAGGAUAGCUCGUGCAUACAUGGACGGAAGUAAUAUCGUAACUUUGGUAGACAAAGUGGGCCGAGCCAAUGGACUCACAAUCGACUACAUCGACCACCGGCUCUACUGGACAGACCUGGACACCUGCAUGAUCGAGUCUACAAACAUGCAAGGUUUGCAGAGGGAAAUAGUGGCCGACGAUCUUCCCAAUCCGUUUGGUCUCACCCAAUAUCGUGACUACAUCUACUGGACAGAUUGGAACCUGCGCAGUAUUGAGCGGGCGGACAAGCGUACUGGGCUGAACCGCACAGUGGUGCAGGGAAACCUGGAAUACGUAAUGGAUAUCCUGGUUUUCCACUCCUCCAGACAAGAUGGCGCCAAUGAGUGUUCGCAGAACAAUGGCAACUGUGCUCAUCUCUGCCUGGCGUCACCCUCUGGAGCCCAGUGUCGCUGUGCUUCUCACUACACCCUAGAGGCAAACGGACGCAACUGCAGCUCGCCCUCUAGCUUCCUGCUCUUCAGUCAAAAGAGCUCCAUCAGUCGAGUGGUCCUGGGAGAACAGAGUCCAGACAUGAUUUUGCCCAUCCACGUCAUGAAGAAUCUGCGAGCCAUCAGCUUCGACCCUCUGGAGCGCUUGGUCUACUGGGUGGAUGGCCGACAGAACAUCCGCAGGGCCCGAGACGACGGCACACAGGCAUCUACGGUUAUGACCCCAACCGGUCUCCACUCAAAGCAGCCCCAUGACCUGAGUCUGGACCCCUACAGCCGUACCGUCUACUGGACCUGUGAGUCCACUAACACCAUUAACAUCCACCGCUUGGAUGGCCACAUUAUUGGAGAGGUCCUGCGAGAUGACGUGGACAAGCCACGCGCUAUCGUAGUGAACGCAGAGAAAGGGUACAUGUAUUUCACCACGGUGCAGGAUCGCUCGGCUAAAAUCGAAGGUGCCUCUUUGGAUGGGACAGAGCGUGAAUCUCUCUUCACAACCGGCCUGAUCCGACCUGUGGCGCUGGCUCUUGACAAUAAGCUGGGCAAACUGUUCUGGGUUGAUGCGGACCUGAAACGAAUUGAAAGCAGUGACCUGUCUGGGGCCAAUCGGAUUGUUCUCCAGGACUCUAACAUUCUUCAACCUGUGGGCCUGACGGUGCUUGGCGAUCACUUGUACUGGAUCGACAAACAGCAGCAGAUGAUCGAGCGCGUGGACAAGCUGACCGGAGAGAAAAGAACCCGCAUUCAAGGCCGAAUCCAGUACCUGACUGGCAUUCAUGCAGUGGAGUACAUGGAACCAGAAGAGUUUGGGUCCCAUCCCUGUUCCCGUGACAACGGAGGCUGCUCUCACAUCUGCAUCGCUAAGGGUGACGGGACACCACGCUGCUCAUGUCCCAUGCACCUGGUGCUGCUGCAAAACCUACUCAGCUGUGGAGAGCCUCCCACCUGCUCCAGCGAACAGUUCACCUGUGCCACUGGCGAGAUUGACUGCAUCCCCAUGGCGUGGCGCUGCGACGGCAUCGCGGAGUGCGCAGACCACAGCGACGAGAUGAACUGCCCCAUCUGCUCUGAGGUUCAGUUCCAGUGUGACAAAGGCCAAUGUGUGGACGUCCAGCUGCGCUGUAAUGGGGAACCUGACUGCGCAGAUGGCUCUGACGAGCAGGAAUGCGACUCAAUGUGUAUGCCCAAUGAAUUUCGCUGUGGCAACAACCAGUGCAUUCUGAAGAAACAGCAGUGUGACUCCUUCCCAGACUGCACCGACAAAUCUGAUGAGCUAUUCUGUGAUUUCUCCUCGACUCCCAACGACCUUCCGCGCCACACCAGCACCAUCGGCCCUGUCAUCGGCAUCAUCCUCUCUGUCUUUGUGAUGGGAGGCAUGUGUUUCGUGUGUCAGAGAGUUGUGUGUCGCCAUUACAAGGGCCCCAACGGAGGCUUCCCGCAUGAGUACAUCAGUGGAACCCCUCACGUCCCCCUUAACUUCAUCUCACCCACGAAUUCACAGCACGGUACUUUCACAGGUAUUUCCUGUGGGAAGUCCAUGAUGAAUUCGGUGAGUCUAAUGGGCAGUAGUAGCAGUGGGGCGCCUCUCUAUGACAGGAACCAUGUGACUGGCGCUUCAUCCAGUAGCUCUUCCAGCACCAAAGGAGCUUUCUACCCUCAGAUGCUCAACCCUCCUCCAUCACCAGCGACAGAUCGCUCGCUUUACAACGCAGAAGUCUUUUAUUCGUCCAACAGUCCAUCCACAACCAGAUCUUACAGGCCCUAUAUGAUGCGAGGGGGUGCACCGCCCACCACCCCCUGCAGCACAGAUGUGUGCGACAGCGACUAUACCACCAGUCGGUGGAAAAGCAAUAAGUACUACAUGGAUCUAAAUUCAGACUCUGACCCCUACCCACCACCCCCAACACCACGCAGCCAGUACAUGUCAGCGGAGGAGAGCUGCCCUCCUUCGCCCUCUACAGAACGCAGCUACUUCCACCUGUGCCCCCCGCCCCCCUCACCCUGCACAGACUCCUCAUGACACCCGGCCAACAGCAACACUUUGUAAAUAAUUUUAAAUAUUUUUUAAAAAGAUUUUAUUUUAUUCUUUUCCACACGCUUGUUCAAGAAACAUUUCAAGCUCUUCUGGAGGGAGACAAAGUGGGUUUCCGGAAAUUCGCCCUGAACAAAUAUUUUGGACAGCUUGCACGAAUAAAUUGCGUUAUUACAAUACUUUUUAUAAGUUGCCACUUUCCCUAGGAACUCUUCAAUGUGCGAGUCUUUUAAAUAUCAACUGAAAUGCAUCUAAUUGAACUAUGUCACUGUUUCAGGAUGCUUAGAUUUAAUCUUCAUUUAUUUUGCAAUUAAAAAAAACUAUUUAAAAAAAAGUUUAAUUGCUCUGAGGUAGUAUCAAACCAAAUUGUCAAAAUAACACCAAAAUCAGCAGUUGCAGAGGAGUUGUAAAUAUGUGUAAUUAGGUAAAUAAUAAAUUGUCAUAAUGACCACGAGGUGUUCUUUUGAUUUUGUUCUAUGUGAAUAUGAUACGAUUCCAAGUAUAUGUUUGUUCUUUUUCUGUUUACCAAAAGUGUGUUUGCUGCUAUUGUACAUAAAUCAUUAAAUGUAAAUAAUGACAAAUGAAAACAGCCAGCUAAAACAUGUUUGUUUAUAAUGAAACUGACCAUAGACCAUUGUAAAAAUUGUUUUGAUUGUGAUGUUAUUAAUCUCUCAUAGCAAAAGAUUUUCAGCUUUGAUUGUGUAUAGUCAUAUCUGAAUAUACAUGUGAAAUGCCAUUACUUUGAAGGAGUGAGCCUGGAUUUGCUUUGGCACAAACCAAUUUUGUUUAUACUUCUGUCUUUAAGAGACAAAGUCGCCUGCUUUCUAGUGAACCAUUUGUAGAGUCUGUUAAAGAACUAAAAAUAAUACUUAGAAUAAUAAUAAGGCUAAACUAAGCUAUGAUUUUAACAAAAGAGUAUGUGGUUAAAUAUACCAUAAUACUAUGGUAAUAAACUCUGCCUCUUUUUCAUCAAAUCCAAUUUAGAAAAAGGUUUUAGAUUCAGAUUUCAGACCUUUUUUUUUUUAUUAUUAUUAUUAUUAUAAUUUUUUUUUUUUUUUUUAAAAAAAAGUAAAAUACAACUGAAUUUCCCCAUUUAUAUGUUCAUUCAGAAAAGUAGAUUUGUUUUUCAGGUUAAAACAUGUCUUGUACCAUUGACAUGCCAUUUAUGUCUGUUUGAUCAAAAUUAUCUUGAAAUUUCAAUUUUGUCUUGUUGCCAAAUUGAGCACUUAUGAAAUUACAAAUGCAUAAAAAUUACAAUUACUAGAUGUAGAAAAUCUAGAGGUGAUCAGGUCAGUUAUAAGAUUAAAUGCGUCUUCAUCAUAACUGAAAAUGAUUACAUUAUUUGUUUUUACAGAUAGCCAUACAAGAAAAGCAUGUAACCGUGUCUUUUAAGGCAAAUAUAUCAUCUCAAAAGACCAGCUUAACAAGUAAUGCAAAUUUUCAUCAUUAAGCUAUAAUUAUGAUCAUCCUCUAGGUUAUUUCAACAAGCUGUCAUUUGCCGUGAAUGCGAAUGAAUUUAGUUUGUUUGGAUUCUUAACCACUUGGCAGGUCAGCAGUUUGACCUGUUACCAUCCACUCACACUGAGGGAUAUGCUUCUCAGUGCAGUCAGUGUCUUUGUUUUGUGUACAAAUGCCUCAUAUAAUGCACACUUGUGACGAUUUUUGUAUCAAAAGCAUUUUUAUAAAUAAUAAAGGUUCUAUUUUAAA